AUGGAGAUUUAUAAUGAAGAAAUUAAUGAUCUUUUAGCUGUUGAGAAUCAGAGACUGCAGAUUCAUGAGCAUUUGGAGCGUGGAGUGUUUGUUGCUGGUCUUAAGGAAGAGAUUGUUAGUGACGCUGAACAGAUUCUAAAGCUUUUAGAUUCUGGAGAAGUUAAUAGGCACUUUGGUGAGACAAACAUAAAUGUUCACAGUAGCAGGUCUCAUACCAUCUUCAGAAUGGUGAUUGAGAGCAGGGGAAAAGAAAACUCUUCUACGGAUGCUAUCCGUGUCUCAGUCUUCAAUUUGGUUGACUUGGCUGGAUCCGAGCGUAUUGCUAAAACUGGUGCUGGUGGAGUGCGCUUGACAGAAGGGAAGUACAUUAAUAAGAGCUUAAUGAUUCUUGGUAAUGUUAUCAAUAAGCUAAGUGAAAGUUCAAAGCUAAGGCCACAUAUUCCGUACCGUGACAGUAAGCUCACUCGAAUUCUUCAGCCGGCGCUUGGUGGUAAUGCGAAGACUUGCAUUAUAUGCACUAUCGCACCCGAAGAGCAUCAUAUUGAGGAAUCAAAAGGAACUCUCCAAUUUGCAAGCAGGGCCAAACGCAUCACCAACUGUGCUCAAGUCAAUGAGAUCUUGACUGAUGCUGCUUUGUUGAAACGCCAAAAAUCAGAGAUAGAAGAGCUACGUAUGAAGCUCGAGGGAUCCCAUGCUGAAGUGUUGGAACAAGAGAUACUAAAGUUAAGCAAUCAGAUGCUUAAGUAUGAGCUAGAAAGUGAAAGGCUAAAGACACAACUGGAAGAAGAGAGAAGAAAACAGAAGGAGCAGGAGCAAUGCAUCAAGGAUCAACAAUUGAAAAUUGAGAACUUAAACAAUCUUGUCACUAAUUCAGACUUUAAGACGAACAAAUCAGAGUUUAAGAAGGAAGCCAGAUGGGCGAUGCAAUGUCAGUGAUAGCAGCGAUGUUCUUGGGACUCCUUUCUUUAAAUCAGCUGAACGUUCCUUUGUGGUUGCUCGGUCAAAUUAUUCAGGACUGUCUGAUUUUAGUCCGAUGGUUGAUUCACUAGGGGACGUGGCCGACGAAGACACUUGGACAAAACUAAACAAGGGUUUUGUCGCAGACCUUGAUCAACUCCAGUUUACACCUGCAUAUAAAAUUCAUAUGCAGACUAUAUAUUUCUUUUUUGUCAUCUUUUUUUUUUGUCAUCAUAAACUAUAUAGUUCUAUGUCAAUUAUAAUAUAACUUUAUACAAUUUAUCACAUAAUAAAU